GCGCUCAGUUCCAGCUCCUCAACUUCGGGGGAAGGGGAGGGAGGGGGAGCAGGGACUGAGAAGGGGCGGAGCGGACUGUGGGCAGAGUAAUUGCGGGACGCGAGCGCGACUAGACGCCCAUUUUCUUCCUCUCCGGAGAGGCCGACUUAGGAGAGAGACCAGAAAUGAGUGGAAUGCUAUCUAAGUCAAAAAUCUGUUUCAACCUUUAUAAAUACUACUUAAAUGAAGAAAGAUAAAAACCGCACAAAAUUCCAACUGAUAAUUACCCCAUUCAGACACUGGUGAAUAUGUCCCUCAGUCCACGCCGACCUUCCUCCUCAGAGUUGGUGGAACUUCAUGUUUUUUAUGUCCCUGAAGGAUCGUGGAACUAUAAGCUAAAUACCAUUUCAAAAGAAGUUGUUAACAAAUUCAUUUCAGCUGGAUUUAUAAGAGUAUCUCCUCACCUUACUUUACAAGCCCUGAGAGAGCGACUUGGUGAGUUCCUUGGUGAAGAUGCUGUUGCAGAAAAAUUCUUAUUUCUGAAAUGCAUUGGGAAUAAUCUAGCUGUGGUGAAGGUAAAGCAAGAAUCAGAACUGAAACUCAAAUCAUUUGCUCCUCCAUAUGCUCUUCAACCAGAAUUAUAUUUGCUUCCUAUAAUGGAUCAUUUAGGAAAUAUUUAUUCAGCAUCAACUGUUUCUUUAGAUGGGCGGCAGACUAAUAAUGGUGUUGCUGAGGCUGAUGGAAUAAUCCACAGACCACUUAGCGUAACUUUGUUGAAGGAAGAACCUGGAACAGAUCCCAGUUUUUUAGUAAACACUUUGAAAGAGCUUCUUAACAAGAACCAGGAAGAAGCAACAUCAGCUGCAGGAAAAGCCACUCCAAAAGAAAACCAGACUGGAAAAAAUCAAAUUGGAAAUUCUGGAGUUCCAGGAUCAUUGGAAGAAUCAAAUAGUGAUUAUUUUAGCAACAAAAAAAGUCAGUUUCUUUGGAAAAAUGAAGAUGAUGGAGUUAAUAUCAUUAGAACAGAGGACAAUCAGAUAGGUAAAAAAGAAUGCAUCACCCUACCGAAUCUUAUUGAUUUUCCUUCACUUCCUUGUCAACCUGCUCUUUCUCCAGGAGUAACUGGUCUCUCAUUAUUACAGAUUGAAAGAGAGAAGAUUAUUGAACAAACGAAACAAGUAAAGGAAGAAAGAAGAUUUCUGGAAAGAAUUAGAGAAGAACUAAUAAAAAAAGUUGAAAAGCUAUUUGAACAAAGCAAAUUGAAGCGAUAUCAUGCCUGUGAUGGUUGGAAGAGAAAAUACUUUGAAACAAAGAAAAUCACAGCAUCAUUAGAGGAGGUUUUAACAAAACUUCGAGAAGAUUUGGAACUUUACUAUAAGAAACUGCUCAUGCAACUUGAAGCCAGGGAGAUCAAGAUGAGACCAAAGAAUUUGGCAAACAUCACAGACUCUAAGAAUUACCUUAUAAUCCAGAUCACUGAAGUACAGCAUGCAAUUGACCAACUUAAGAGAAAAUUGGAUACUGACAAAAUGAAACUCAUAAUAGAAGUUAAGAUGAGAAAACAAGCAGUUUCAGAUUUACGCACACUGAAAGCUGAACUGGCACGGAAAAAAUUAACACAUCUUUACAAUCUCAAUUAG